AUGUUUCGUAGUUCCUUCUUCCUUUCUCUAUCACCCAAUAGUGGGGUUUUCUUGGUCGCCACAGAGUUCAAACGGUGGUUAAUGAGGUUAAGAAAGAAGAGGGCGUUGAUGAUAUCUUUGUUGAGGAAAAUGAUGAAUGAUUCAUUGAGGAAAAUAGCUGAGUGGAAGAGCAUUGAAGAAAAGUCAAAUGCGCACCUUCGGGACCUUGCCGAUUGGAACUCCAAAUUGAAAAAACAUGACAGAGAUGCUUCUAAAAGCAGCAAAUGA